UAAUUUCUACAAUUUUCCCCCGCGCUAUCUCUUCCCCGCCUUUCCCAACCCAUUCGCCUCUGCUCUCUUUCUCAUUUCCAGUCGCCAUAACCAAAUCCCCGGCCGUCAGUAACUGUCUGACCCAGUCCACUCGAUUCCGGCACUCAGCAUUCUCAGCCACGCCGCCGCCUUUUGGCGUUGAGUCUUCGCCGCCAGUCUCCGUCGAAGGCGUCGCAGCCAACUCCGCCUCCAUAAGGUCUCCCUCUUGUGUUCGCUGCCAUCAGCCAGCCACAAGGUUGCUCUUUGAGUAUGUAUUGUAGUAAUUUCAGUUGUACUUGUGCUUUUCCGGAGACUGUAGUAGCUGCUUCGAGUCAUAGAGGGACAUCUAAAGCAAGAAACUUUGGAAACUUAAAGGUUUGCACGUAUGGGUACUUGGGAAACAGGUCGACCUUGAGGAGAAAACGAAUGGGUUUAUGUGGGUUUGUUAUAAAACUCCCAAUGGAAGGGGAGGAACUGACUAAGGAGAAGAAUAAAGUUGUUAAAUCUCCUGAAGAGGUUAUAAGGGCUCUCAAGUCUACCACAGACCCAAAUUCUGCUCUUUUUUAUUUUAAGGUUGUUGCUGGGUUACCUGAUGCUAUUCACACCACUGAAACGUGCAAUUACAUGCUUGACGUUUUGAUGACUCAUAAGAGGGUGGAGGAUAUGGCUGCUGUUUUUGAUUUCAUGCAAAAGAAAAAGGUUAACCGAAGUUUGAACACUUAUCUAGCUAUUUUUAAAGGUCUCUAUAUAAGGGGUGGAAUUCGGCAAGCACCAGCUGCACUGGAGAAGAUGAGAAAGGCUGGGUUUGUUUUGAAUGCGAAUUCAUAUAAUGGGUUGAUCUAUUUGCUUCUCCAGUCAGAGUUUUCUAGGGAGGCUUUGGAGGUUUACUACAGAAUGGUAAUGGAAGGGAUGAAGCCAGCCUUGAAGACUUAUGCUGCACUUAUGGUAGCAUUUGGAAAGCGCCGGGAUACUCAAACUGUAAUGGGUUUGUUUGAAGAGAUAGGAAAUUUGGAAUUGAGGCCUAAUAAUUAUAUAUUUAACAUAUGCAUUACAGUUCUUGGAAGGGCAGGGAAAAUUGAUGAAGCUUAUGAUAUAUUGAAGAGAAUGGAUGAAGAGGGAUGCGGGCCAGAUGUUGUUACUUAUAACGUUCUCAUUGGUGCUCUCUGUAAAGCAGGUAAACUUGAUAAUGCAAAGGCGUUGUUUGUAAAGAUGAAAGCUAGCAGCAGUCUCAAACCUAAUCGUAUAACUUACGUUACUUUUUUGGACAAGUUAAGUGAUUGUGGAGACUUGGAAGCUUUGAAAGAAAUUUGGGAUGAAAUGAAAGUUGAUGGCUACGCCCCUGAUGUAGUUACGUUCAACAUCCUUAUUGGUUCUUUAUGUAAAGCUGGCAAUGUUGACGAAGCAUUUGAUACUCUGGGUGUCAUGAAGGAGAAAGGGAUCUCACCAGAUCAUUGUACUUACAACAUCUUGAUUGGGGGACUAUUAAGAGCUAGCAGAUUGGAUGAGGCUCUAAAACUUUUCAGUAUUAUGGAAUCCCUGGGUGUCGUGCCCAACACAUUCACAUACAAUAUAGUCAUUUCCGGCUUAGUGAAAUGUAAUAGUGUGGAUAAGGCUAUCGAUUUCUACUAUGAUCAUGUAGGUCGUGAUUUCUCCCCUUCUCCUUAUACACAUGGCCCGCUCAUUGAUGGGCUUUUUAAGUCAGGAAGACAUGAAGAAGCAAUGUUUUUCUUCGAGGAGAUGUCAAAAUAUGGAUGCAAACCUAACUGUGAGAUUUUCAGUAUUCUUAUAAAUGGAUAUAGGAGAACAGGAGAUAUAGAAACUGCAUGUCUGUUGUUUAAAAGAAUGGUUAAAGAAGGAAUAAGACCAGACUUGAAAUCUUACAGUAUUCUUUUGAAUUCUCUUUGCUUUUUAGAAAAAAUAGAUGAUGCUCUGUAUUACUUUGAGGAACUAAAGCAGAAUAGUAUUAGUCCUGAUGCACAUUGUUAUAAUCUUUUGAUUAACGCACUUGGAAGAUCACAGAGGGUAGAAGAAGCUUUAUCCCUCUACAUUGAAAUGCAAAGCAGAGGAAUUUUUCCUGACCUUUGCACAUACAACAAACUAAUACUCAAUCUUGGGAUCUCGGGAAAGGUGGAGCAAGCAGUGAGUAUGUAUGAAGAACUGCAGCUUAAGGGUCUUGAUCCUGAUGUUUCCACCUACAAUGCUCUCAUUCGAGCCUACAGCUUGUCAGGGAAUCCAGACCAUGCUUAUGCAGUUUACCAGAAAAUGAUGGCUGUUGGCUGCGACCCGAAUGAAGAAACGUUUGCACAACUUCCAAGUCAAACUUGAGUACUUCACUUCAUUGAAAUACUCAUGGAUCGACAUACGUUUCUUUGAACUGUCAUUGAGGACCAAAUGGUUGGAGAAAUGACCAAAUGAUUAUUUGUUCAUACGGGAAGUGGAUUUCUGACAGGUUUGGUGGUGAAAUAUUUGUAGAUCAAUGAGAACAACCUCUAUGUUUUAUGAUGGAUAUAAGAGUUUUGAUUCUAAACACGUUCAUUUUGGGGAGCUUGGCCUGUGACGCUGUGGACCUUGAGCUCGACUUGAAGCUGACGACCUCAGUCUACCUUUAGUAAACUGUCCUAUACUUGACGAUUUGAAGAAGUUAAGUCCGUCGCGGAAAUAGCAUAAUAUUUCCUAGGAAUCCGCUAUAAUUACGAGAAUUAUUACUUUAAAGUUGUAUUACCAAGUUGAAAGUAAAAUAUUUUCUGUUUGAA